GCCCCGCGCCCCGCGCCGCACCGGCCUUCACUCUGGAGCGGCCCCGGCAGCCGCAGCAGGGGCGGCGGCGGCGGAUCGAAGAGCUCUCCAGGUCGUCCCGGGAGAAGCUGCUGCAGUCCCGGGACAGGAUGUUCUCCAAGUUCACGUCCAUCCUGCAGCACGCCGUGGAGGCGCUUGCACCUUCUCUUCCUUUACAAGAAGAUUUUGUUUAUCACUGGAAAGCAAUUACCCAUUACUACAUAGAGACUUCAGAUGAUAAAGCUCCAGUGACAGAUACAAACAUUCCAUCUCAUCUGGAGCAAAUGUUGGAUAUCUUGAUACAAGAAGAAAAUGAAUUAGACUGUGGAGAGACUGGGCCUUGUAUGGAAUAUUUACUUCAUCACAAGAUCUUGGAAACAUUGUACACAUUAGGAAAAGCUGAUUGUCCUCCAGGAAUGAAACAGCAGGUACUGGCUUUCUAUACGAAACUUUUAGGAAGAAUCCGACAGCCACUACUUCCACACAUUAAUGUACACAGACCAGUGCAGAAGCUAAUCAGACUUUGUGGUGAAGUUCUUGCAACUCCAACCGAAAAUGAAGAAAUUCAGUUUCUCUGUAUAGUGUGUGCAAAAUUGAAACAAGAUCCCUACUUGGUCAAUUUUUUUCUUGAGAACAAAUUAAAAUCAUUGGCUUCCAAAGGAGAAUCAGAUGUAGUCACAGAGGAUACAUUGAAAGGACAGGAUUCCCUGACAACAGAUAUAAGGCAGGCCUGUCUGCCUGAGGACCUCUCUGAUAAUAUUGGAAUGGAGCCAACAGAGAUAGAAGAUGAUCUUCCUCAUCAGCCAGAUGAUCUGUCCACAAGACUGGAUCAGCUAAAUGUCACUUCACUGCCUGAGGCUUCUGCUGCUCGUCCUCAUCAGGAUUACAAUUUAGUAAAUUCUUUACUAAAUCUUACUAGAAGCCCAGAUGGUCGAAUAGCUGUGAAAGCAUGUGAGGGUCUGAUGUUGUUAGUAAGUUUGCCAGAACCUGCAGCUGCCAAAUGCCUUACCCAGAGCACUUGUUUAUGUGAACUACUGACGGACAGACUUGCUUCCCUCUAUAAGGCCUUACCUCAGUCAGUGGAUCCUUUAGAUAUUGAAACAGUGGAAGCAAUUAACUGGGGUUUGGAUUCAUAUAGUCACAAAGAAGAUGCAUCAGCUUUUCCAGGAAAACGAGCCUUAAUUUCCUUUCUCUCAUGGUUUGAUUACUGUGAUCAGCUAAUUAAAGAAGCACAAAAGUCGGCUGCUGUCGCUUUGGCCAGAGCUGUUCGGGAAAGGUUUUUCAUUGGUGUUAUGGAACCACAGUUAAUGCAAACUUCAGAGAUGGGUAUUCUGACAUCUACUGCUUUGCUCCAUCGAAUUGUUCGGCAAGUAACUUCUGAUGUCUUACUUCAGGAAAUGGUUUCUUUUAUUCUUGGAGAGCAGAGGGAACCAGAGACACUAGCAGAAAUUAACAGACAUCCACUUCGGCAUAGAUUAAUUGAGCAUUGUGAUCAUAUAUCUGAUGAGAUUAGCAUUAUGACUUUAAGGAUGUUUGAACAUCUAUUACAAAAACCCAAUGAGCACAUUCUUUAUAACUUGGUUCUGAGAAAUCUUGAAGAAAGAAACUACACAGAAUAUAAACCUUUAUGCCCAGAAGAUAAAGAUGUGGUGGAGAAUGGAUUAAUAGCAGGAGCAGUGGAUUUGGAAGAAGAUCCAUUAUUUACUGACCUUUCACCAGAAAACACUUUGUCAAAUCAAGAGUGGCUUAGUUCUUCACCACCUACUACUCCAGAACACCCCAAAAAUGAUGGAAAAACUGAAGUCCAUAAAAUUGUAAAUAGUUUUCUCUGUCUAGUACCUGAUGAAGCAAAAUCAUCCUACCAGGUAGAGGGGACAGGUUAUGAUACCUACCUCAGAGAUGCUCAUAGGCAGUUCCGGGAUUAUUGUUCUAUCUGCUUAAGAUGGGAGUGGCCUGGAUCUCCAAAAGCACUGGAAAAGUGCAAUUUAGAAGCAGCUUUCUUUGAGGGUCAUUUCUUGAAAGUUUUGUUUGACAGAAUGGGAAGGAUUCUUGAUCAGCCAUAUGAUGUAAAUUUACAAGUAACAUCAGUGUUAUCCAGACUUUCUCUUUUCCCUCAUCCUCAUAUACAUGAGUACCUUUUGGAUCCAUAUGUGAAUCUGGCAUCUGGCUGUAGAUCACUCUUUUCUGUUAUUGUCAGGGUAGUUGGAGACCUUAUGGUCCGAAUCCAGCGGAUUCCAGAUUUCACCCCCAAACUUCUACUGGUCAGGAAACGACUACUUGGUUUGGAACCUGAUGGCCCAAUGAUUGACCACAUGACAUUACUAGAGGGUGUGAUUGUACUAGAAGAGUUCUGUAAGGAACUGGCAGCAAUUGCAUUUGUGAAGUAUCACACUUCUUCAACACCAUGAAGAAUGUCUUUAUGGUAGCCUCCAUGUCACCCAGGCAAGAAAGGAUAAAGCCUUAAACUGGCCAGAGCCAUGGAGGACAUGACUGAAUGGACAUUCUUGGUAACAGGUGUACAGUUUUUGGCAUUGUCUUUAUUGGUUCUGUAUAUAAUUGCACGCCAUUGAACCCAGGAUGCAAUCAAAGGAACUUCAGGAAACAAACAUUUCUAGUGACUGUUUCAAAAGCUGUAAAAAUUUCUGUCUAAACUUUGAUGAUCUUAUUUUAAUAUCAUUUUAGGUAGUAAGGCUUUUUGACACUCUGAAGCUCAAUACAUAUGUUCUUUUGGAUUGUUAUGUAGCAAAGAAAAUCACUGAUUUUUGUAACUUUUUGAUGUCAGAAUUCUUAUCAAACAAAACAUGAAAGGAAAGUGGGAAUGAGAAAAUGCUAUACAUGCUUAAAAAGAAAUUCACUCAAUACAGAAAAAAGGAAAAAGUUGAAGGUGAUAACUGAAGAUAAGAAUUUUUAGGACAAUUUAGCUGCCUUCAAUCUUUUAUAAGAAAAAGGAUAAAAUUUAAUACAGUGAAGAAAUUCUUAAUUCAUGUACCAGAUAUUUAAUCAAUUAUAUGCUUUUCAAAAUGUUAUUUUAAUCUCAUUUAGCAAGGUUAAGAAUUUAUUUCAUAUUUUGGUCCUAGUUUAUUUAAACUAUCAUAUUUGCCACUGUAUUUGCUAAAACAGUAUUUUUUUAAGAAUCUUAUUUAACAGAAAUUGGGUUAAGAACAUUUUGUGCCUUGGCAAAUGUGUUUUGUGAUUUUAUUAUCCUGUUGAAUUUCACGGGAGUUUCUAGGCAAAGAACUGACUGAUUCCACUUUAGUAAGCAGCAAUCAGAAUGCCAACAUCCUCAAUGUUUACAUUUUUCUUUUAUUGAAGUCUUUAUUGUAUAGGAUCCUAAAGUAAAAAAAAAAAUCAUAGUCUUUCAAUGUCCUGCUUAUGUGUCAAAGGAUUUUGGUAAAGUGUGUGUGUGUGUGUGUGUGUGUGUGUGUGUGUGUGUGUGUGUGUGUGUGUGAGAGAGAGAGAGACAGACAGACAGACAGACAGACAGACAGACAGACAGACAGACACACAAUAUGUGUAGAAAGUAGGUCCUGAAGGAGUCUUUUGGAUUCUUUGGUAGCUUAUCCAAACGACGCUGGGCGUGAGUGCUUUGUGGACAAAGCAGCGUUUGCCGCUACCACUUGGCCUUUUUAAUUUUAUUGAUUUUUUAGUACUCAAAUCAGUUCUUCUAAGUUUGUCUGUUUAGGAGUUUUUUGUCAUUAACAUUUUUAAAGUUAAGCAGCUGCACUUUCUUUUUCUUUAUUACAAGUCCACUUAAAGAUAUUUGGGGAAAGAAGUUAACUUUAUAGUCGUUUAAAGGGAAUCUGUCACUGCCUCUUUGAGAAGCUAUAUUUACUUAGCACAUAUUUGCAUAUAUGAAGACUGCACUGCCUGUGUAUAGGACCAAAUUAUAAACCUUUGUGUAUUUUGGGCUUUUGCUUUGAUUUCAUUUUUUUGUUAUUUUAUGUUUCAUAAAGCUUUAUUUCAUUAUUAGAUAAGAACAGGAUAGCAAACAACUAUGAGUAUUCUUAACAGUAGUAGAUUUGCCACCUUUUAAGAGAAUAUAUGUUUCUAAGUAAUUUAAUUCAAAUCUGUGAUGACAUUCCAAAUUCACAAAGUAAAAUAACAAACAACAAAAAAAAAUCAAGUUCCUAAACUGCAAGUGUUAACAUCAUGCGUAGUUUUCUUUAAAAGAUUUUUAUAAUGGAGUCUCAUUCAGUCAGCCACUGUUAUCAGUCAGUUCAUGCAGAGAGUACUGCAUGCUUUUACUCUGUUGUAAAAGUUGUUUGCUUAAUUUGGGUUGUUUAAAAUUUAAUGCAUUAAGGUAAAUCUUGCUUAUUAAUGUUUUCUUAUAUUUGGUAUAUAAUUGUUUAAUCCUUAAGAUGCCACUGUGAUGCUCUUACCUCUCAAGCCAAAUGCUAUUCAAUUCUCACUCUCAGAAAUGGGUAUUCUAGCUCAUCCAUGAAAUCAAGCUAAGAGCUUUAGGACUUGUUUUUGUACUGGGUGCUGCUUAUGAAAUCAUAGUUACAUUAAUACAGUGACUCUUCCAAAUAAGUUAACUAUUAAGAUAUACUUUGCUUUUAUUUUUUUUUCUAAUUUUCACAUGCACUUUUCGUGUUUAGGAAGAUAUGAAAAGUCACUCAAUAUUACAUCUAGAUUUGUCAGUGGAAAGUUGCACUAAGUAGCUUGUUAUUCUGUGUAUAGGACUCUAUUAUUUCCUAUCAGUGAACAUUUCAAUAAACAAUUGUUAAUAGCUAGUGUUGUACUAAAAAACACCACUGAGAUGAUCACCUUAAGCAGAUCCCAAAUUGAAUUUUAGCUUUGCUGCAUAUUUGUGUAAAUAGGGGGUGCACAUUUAAAAAAAAUUUUUCUCCACCAUUGUAGUUAUGUUUUCAAACCCUAUUGAAGUUUUCAUAAUGAGCAUCAGUCUUAGCCUAUUACCAAUGCAGUGCUCACAUUGUGACUAUGUAUAGUUCUCAUAAUAUAUCUGUGCAAUAUGGGAGCUGUGAAUUAAUAAUACACAGCUUUUCAGUCUGGUUGUACAUUACUUUAUGUAUAUAUAAGGACCAAAAUCCUUAGCUUGCUUACACUGUUGCUAGUGUAAAAAUUGUUACACCUCAUUUUACAGGGCACGAAUUAUGGAAUUACUUCAUAAAUUGGUAAGUUGUUUCCAUAAAUUAUUGUACAAAUAUAAAAUUACCAUUUAAUUAUGAAGUUUAUAGGCAUUGAUAAAAGAAACCAUGAAAUACUCACAAAUUACAUGGUAUUUGUAUUUUGGGUUGUACGAUAAAUCCAGAUAUCUAUGCCAUGGUAAUAAUUCAGUGCUUUAACACACAAUUGAUAAUCAUUUCAGGCCCUGUAAAAUAGUGUUACUAUAAACUCUUUGUUUGCCUCCUGCCUUGUUUACAUUAAACAGAGGAUAUUCAGUAAAUUUUUUUCUAUUGAACUUUGUAUAAAUUGCUGACUCAACAGUGUUACUAUGGUUUGGCAGUCAUGGGGCUAUCCAGUGAAGAAACUAUCCCAACCAGUGAUCAGAGUACAUACUUUAACUUUUACAAAGAAGAUUGUGAUAAAGUUCAACUUUGUGCUAACCAAUGCAUGCAGGAUUAAGAGGGAUAUUCUAAAAAUAAAUUAAUUUAAUUUAAA